UAUAUACUGUGAUUAAGACUGGUUAUGCCCUUUGUAACUGAUUUACGCUGCCGCUCUCUUGGUGGGGGGGUUGCACAGUCAACUAGCAACCUCUGACAGCAACAAUUCAAUCUACAACACCCUAAUUAUUAAUCUUAAUGAACUAAAAACUGCUGAAUUGCAAAGAAAGAGAACGUGAAGACAACGCCAUUGUCCAACCGCCCAGCCAGGCCUCUCUUCACAACAACACCUGACGCUGAAAGCUAAGCAUCCAGGUCAGCUGAUUAAUACCAGGUCGUGCGGAUAAGAGAGAGUGAGAGAAAGUGAGAAAGAGAGAGAACUUUCAUGUAAACUGCACCUGGUGUAAAGAAGACUAGGCCACCAGGCAGCAGUUUAUGAGAACGGAGGGACACCUCUAGCAAAUCUCACUCGUCCAACCAGGUCACCGAAGUGAGACUUCCUGAUCCUCCUUCCCCCCAAGACUGCCCUAUCAAACCAGGUCUUCUCUCACUACAUCAGGUCACCCCAAAGUCUCCAUCACUACACCAGGUCACCCAAAGUCUCCAUCCACUACACCAGGAGCUGGGGGCAAUGCUUCGUUUACGUGUGAAAACCAGUUGUGGUGAGCAGUAUCCCAUAACAGAGCGCGUUAGUGGGGAGAGUACCCUUCAUGAUCUUCUCUCGGCCAUCCAAGAUGUAACGGCCAUUCUUCCACAGAGACAAAAAAUUUUAGCAGGAUUUCCACCCAAACCAAUCACAGGGAAUCCUGAUGUCACUUUGAACAGCAUUGGAAUCCGGAAUGGAGAGAUGCUAAUAGUUGAAGAUGUUGAUCCAUCAAAAGGAAUGACUUGUAUACCGCAAGAAGUACAACAAACUGUACCUAGCAGUGGUCAAAGUAUUUCAGCAACCACUGUCAAUAAUGCCAAAAUACCUUUCGUAACAAGACAGAAGGGCAUCCUUCUAAAGAAGGUUGUUCCCUCUGAUAAUUCGUGCCUCUUUGCAAGUGUCUAUUAUCUUAUAAAUGGCGGUGAAAUAAUAGGUACUAAACAGAUCCAGGAAAUGCGUCAGCUUGUGGCAACUUUGGUUAAAAGUCAGCCAGAGGCUUAUGAUGAGGCUGUACUAGAACGCUCCAAUAGUAAAUAUUGUGAGUGGAUUCUGAAGGAUACAUCGUGGGGAGGAGCCAUUGAGUUAUCCAUCCUUAGCCAGUAUUAUGAAAUUGAAAUUGUUGCUUUAAAUGCUAAGACUGGCAAUUUAAAUAGGUUUGGCGAAGAUAAGCGGUAUGACUACAGAAUGAUUGUCAUGUAUGAUGGUAUACAUUAUGAUCCAAUCUAUAUGGAAACAUUUGAGGGAGACAGUGCAUUUAUAUUUCCAAGCAGUGAUGAUUCUAUAUUGGAUCAGGCAAAGGAAAUGGCAAUUGAAGCGAAGCAGAGUGGACAGUAUACUGAUACAAAUGCAUUUCAACUUGAAUGUAAACAAUGUGGGACUAUUAUUGCUGGGGAAGACCAAGCACUUGCUCACGCAAAGAAGACUGGUCACAGCAAGUUUGAAGAAGUUCAUCGUAAUUGAUGUCAUGAUAUCCAUAGCUCUUUUUUUAUUUGUAAUUUGUACUUUUUUUUUUUUAACUUAUGGAUCUCAGAUGUAGGCUUUAUAUAAGUUAGUUGAUAAGUAUUAAUAAUCUCUUAAAAGCUUUUGUUUAUAUACAUAUAAUAUUGAAAGUAAUAAUGUAGAAUUUUACCACUUGUCUAUAACAAAUCUGAUAUGACAGGUUAGCAAUUUUAAAUUUGAUUGAUGAACCUGAAUAAUGCCUAAUUAGUUUUAUAAGCCGUCAUAUUGUACAAACAGAUAUUAAGAGAACUUCAUGGAUUGAAAAUAUUGAACAAAAUGUAUUUAAGGUGGAUGGUAUGAGAUACCAAUUAGGAUAGCAUGGUGCACAAUGCUUGUCUAGUGCCUGGAAUGUAAACUUUUAAAAAGUGCAUUGUUCAGACAUGGUGAAAACCAUUUUCAUUGUAUGUACUUACAUAGUUGUAAAUAUGUAAUUUUUUUAGCUUUCAUCCUCCCAAGUGUAUUCGUGAUUAGAUAUUUUGUGUUUUUGUUACUUACGAUAUACGUUUGUGCAUAUUAAUGCAAACACGCGAACUAGUGGUAGAAAUGGAGAGUUACUCAAACUUGCAUUUUAAAGAGGAAUACUUAUUGGAUUUGUAAAAUUAUGCAGGCAUUUCUUGAUGUAUGAACAGGUGUAUUUUCAUGAAAAGUAACAUACAAUACAACGUUUUGUAUAUUCAACUCAAGUUUUCCCACCGACUUUCAUUUUAUAAUUGGAGCUUGACUUGUGGACACUUAAUGGAACAUUGCCCUGCUCCCUAUUGUCCCAACUGCAUUGUCCUACUAGCUGUGCACCUCUUUGUAGAAUGUCCCAAUUUUUAGCAUGGUGCAUGUCUUGCUUGUAUGAUGUCCCUCCAGGUCGUUGUCCCUCGUAAGAAUCCUCGGUGAAUCUGAUAUCUUUUGAUGUUCCUUGCCCCUUUUUUUCCCUUUUGUUCUUAUAUUGGCAUCCCGAGUGAUAUUUUUAGCAUCUAUCGAGUUUUCCACGACAGACAGUGGUACAUAGUCUUCCCGGCUUGACACGUUCAUAUAAUAAUUACUCGUUUUAUAAUUGGAGAUGCAUUAUUGAAAAUGGAAAGAAAAUGUUUUCUUUCCUUUGUGUUAUGGUAUACUUAAAAAUUAUUGAAGGAAGUUGAUAAAUAAUGGAGUUAUUGUGUGGGAAAGGUGACAGUUUAUAAUUUCCAGCAUCAGAAUUUCUUAAUAUCAGGGAAUUUUCAUUUUACCCGGUGAAUUUGCUUUAGAAUCAUUGAUACAUAUUUGCUUGUUAUGUAAUGAUAAUUUGUAUUGAUGUAAAUAAUUAUCUUUAGAAAAGCAGGAAAUAAAUUAUUUGGCAGUGCACAAAGCAGGAUGCCCCAUACACUGUUGUAACUCUUGGCUUUUAGGCUGUAGCUGCCCCUACACUACCCAGCAGGCAUAACAUCCAAGAGUGGUGUUGGUUCAACACUGAAUUAAUGUUAAUGAUGUUGAUUUAGUGUUGUGCUUGGAUAUUGUGCCCACUGGGUAUGAGGUGGUUACCACCGAGUGGUGUGCUAUUUUUCUUAGACCAUAAUUGCCAAGUUGCUUUACAUUCUAGUCCUCAAUUAUUGCUAGAUGCAUAGGGGGUGAAGAGUGAAGGAAAAGUACCCAAAUAGCCUGCUCUAUCAAGGGUUCAACCAAGGACUUUGAGAAGUAAGUCACAAUAAUGUGACUGAAAAUUUAUAACCCAACCCACUUUCUGCUUGCAAAGCAAGUGGGUUAGUUUUAACCAGUCCUGAAUUCUGCGAGGCAGUGUGGAUCUCCAUGCCUGUAAUGCCUACUUUUUGGGCCAGUGCAUAUCUGUUGCCAGUUUACAUAUCAUAUAAUUAUUAAUAAUUUGGAGACUGGCAUGUUGUAAUGCCUGUGUAAAGUUAAAAUUUAUGGGUACUAAUGUAGUAAGGCAUGGUGUGUAAUAAAAUUAUAUUCAUGUGAAUUAAAUAUUAUGUACCGAGUAUUCCCCAUUAACGUGAUUUAUCCCCCAUGCACCAUGAGAGCAUGGGGAAAUUGUGUGAAACCCCAGUUCGGCUUCAGUAGAAGCCUCGGGAUCCUUGUGGGUGCAUUAGUACCCAAGGUUGCAAUUCUUUUACCAUGUUGUGGCGCAGUCGACUGGAGCAUGCCUUGGAACAUCCAGCGCAUAGGUUCGAACCCUCAUCACAGCUCAUGUGGAUUUGUUCGUAUGGGUAGUGUAGUGCAGUGGUAAAUGCUGUUGAUUAACAACUCAAAAGACUAAAGUUUGAUUCCCAUGCAGGACAAGCGAUUGGGCAUAUUUUUCUUGCACUUAAUGCAUCUGUUCACCUAGCAGUAAAUAGCUAAAGUACCUGGAAGUUUGGUAGCCGUUAUGGGUUAGACUCUGGAGAAGGUCAGUAUUUGAUCUAGGAGGACUUUGACAUGCUUACUGUCCCUGACAAUGAAAAAAUUAUUUAUUAUUUAUGGUGACAGUUUUUAUAGGCUUAGGCAAGGGUAUUUUAAUAUAUAUUUUUCAAGAGAACUACUGCCAUGGCCAAGACUUUACGGUUAAUUGGAGUGGACAUACACAUAAAAUGUGGACUUGGAAAAUGAUGGUUCUGCUGUAUUUUGAAUUUCUUAUUAUGUGAUAGCAGAAUUCUGUAUGUUGAGUUGCUAUACAAUGAAGGAUGACUAAUCUGGGUUUUAAAACCAUCUACAGUAAGUAAUUGGUGAUUAAAUCAUCGGACAAUCAAGACUUAGAGAAUUUAUCUAACAGAUGCUAUGCAGGUUUACAGUGUAUUCAUCUAUCUAGUGCAUAAUGUAGAAUUUGAUUCUUUGACAAGAUGCUUUAUAUUUUUUUAUAUUUGUUCAUUAAGUAUUCUUAUAAAGAAUACAAUAAAUGUAAGUUUUUAUUAAAAUAAAAUAUUUGUCAUUUGUCUAUUACUGAAACACUG